AUGGUCACCAAUCCGAAGGACAAGCCCAAGGUGACUUUGGAGGCGUUAGCCGACCUCCAAGUCCCUCGCGAUCUGUCCAUCUCCCCGGACGGCACCAAGAUCGCCUAUACACUACAAUCCUUCAGCAAGAGCGGCGAGCAUGCCACCUCAUCGAUUUGGAUUGCGAAAGUGGGCGAGGAGAAUAGCAGUCGCCAGAUCACCUCGGGCUUAUUCCACGACGAACAGCCCCGAUGGUCUCGAGUCGGGGCGACCAUCGCCUUCAAAUCGGAUCGCCACCGGCCGGGCACCAGCUCCGCCAUAUAUGUGUUGCCGGUCGACGAGGGCGGCGAGGCGUACCCCGUCACUCCGGUGGACCGCGAGAAGCCCAUUGUAGCGUUCGAAUGGGAUGCUACCGGCACGAGGAUUGCAUACACCAGCGCAGACGAGAAAACAGACAACCAGGUGGCCAGGGAGAAAGCGAAAGAUGAUCCGACGGUCUGGGGGGAAGACGACGGGGAAUAUCUCCGCCUGAGGGUCGCUCGUGUAUCCGACACCAGGCAAGUCACCACGAUUGUCGCGGGUCGUCGCCAUGUCCAUGGCUUUUCGUGGAGCCCGGACGCCCAGCAGAUCUGCUUCGUGGCGCACCAAGGGCCCGAUAUCAAUUCCCCUGGGUUCCAUGGCGCCGAGAUCUGGAUCACAUCGACCCCUGGACUGGAGUCGUCGCAGCGGAUGGCCCGAUUCCCGGGACCGAUCAGCCAGAUUGCGUGGGGCAGCUGUGGCGUCUACUUCGUAGCCGGCCAUGUCCCGACGCACUGCCUGACCUCCCUCUCGCUCUACGAACUGGAUCUCGACCAGGGAUCCUAUGCAGAGCGCACCGAAGGCGAUGCAGAGCACUGCUGCAUCACAGUCCAAAAGAACAGCCAAUCGCGCCUCUCCUGCCGGGUCCAGCGGUACCUGGCCGACGAGUUCUACUCGAUCAACGACGACGGCACGCGGACCAAGGUCUACAGCGAAGAGUGCGAGAUGACCUCGUUCGACCUCCUCCAGACGCCGGACAACAGCGCCAUCCUAGCGAUAACGAAGGGCGACGGGUCCCAUCCCGAGGAGGUGUUUUCCGUGACGGCGUGGGCGGGCACCGUCCAGCUGUCCGCGCACAAUUCCGCCCUCGCCGCGCUCCAGAUCGCCAGGUCGUGGGCCAUCGCCAUGCACGCCGCGGAUGGAUACUACCUCGAUGGAAUGAUCUACGUCCCCUUCACCUACAACCCCAAGGAUGGGCCCCUGCCCACCAUACUCAUGCCGCACGGAGGCCCCUACUGGCGGAUCACCACCGGGUUUGCGGUCUGCCACUGUCUCGAGGCUCCGGUCCUGGUGUCCAUGGGCUACGCGGUCCUGUGUCCCAACUACCGCGGGGGGAGCGGUCGCGGGGAAACCCACGCGGCGUAUGCUCGAGGCGGGGUGGGCACCGCCGACUACACCGACUGCAUUGAUAUUCUGCGAUACAGUAUCUCCCAAGGCUGGGUGGACCCUGCCCGGGUGGUCAUCGGCGGGUGGUCGCAGGGCGGCUUCCUGUCGUAUCUGGCCAUCACCCGCGAGGCGUUUCACUUCCGCGGCGCCAUCUGUGGGGCGGGGAUAUCAGAAUGGGACUCGAUGGCGAUGUCCAGUGAUGCGUACUGGAUGCAGGGGGAGGUGGCCGGCGGGGCGCCGUGGGAUGUGGAUGAUGAUGCCGCCGCCGUCACGCCGGAUCCAGACUCGACGAGCGCGGCUAAGAAAUGGAUUAGUGACACCCACGGUCGGCGGGGCAGCGCACUCUGGCACAUGCGGAACGUGACGACGCCCGUCUUGAUCCUGCAUGGUGAGAACGACGUGCGGGUGCCGGUCGCCCAGGCCAUCGCCUUCUAUCGCGCGUGUGUCCGCAACGGUGUGCCGGUCGAGAUGGUGACGUACCCUCGCGAAGGACACUUUGUUGUGGAACGGAGACAUCUGCUGGACAUGAACACGGUAGUCGAAGGGGAGCACUAUAUAUAUCGGCAGAAGUACCAAGAACAAGCGACGUUCAAAGGAUCUGCGUCGAUCGAUAAGGGGUUCAUCUGCGAAGCGGUCAAUAGGGCGGAGUAA